CGCUCACUUCCGGACUACGUUUCCCAGAAGCUUCCGCGCCAACGUAACCAACGUCUCCGUCUUGUGUUCUUGUUUUGGCAGUUUUGUUUCGAUCUUCACGGAUUGUCAGUCCACCAAGACACCGAAAUCAACCGGUCCCCGAGACGAGGCUGCGAUGUUUCGUGACUGAGCGGCCGGUGAUUCAGGGAGCUGGGCAGCGUCGUUUCACGAUGGAAGAUGGAGGCAGCGACGACGACGUUAUUCACCUGGCGAGCUUCAACGUCCACCGCAGCCAAGACUCUCGCUCCCAACGGAGGGAACUCAUCACUAUUUCUGACGACUCGGAUGAGGAGCCUGUGACCGUGGUACCGGGGAAGCCUGUGUUAGUGUCAUUUGAUGGGGACGAUGACGACGUCAGCAUCCUGGAGCCACCGACAACCGCACGCAAACUUGUGAUUCGUCCGGCGUCAAAGUGGGGCGGGGCUCCUGGACUACAAGCCGCAGACCCUGGCCCCGCCCCCUCUACCUCCAGAGACGCCAAGGCCACCAAAGCCAUACAGACCCAGACGGCGGACACGCCCCCCGGCCCCUCGUCACGCACACGCCACACGGACUCACAGCAGCAGGACGGUACGCCAGCAAAUGUCUCGUCUCUCCACGCCCCGUCUACCUCCACGCACGCCAACAGCGCCGACAGGACGCCCGCCAAGGUCCUCCAGCCUCAGCCCAGCACAUCCGGACUCCCCCCGUCAGCACAGUCGUCCGCCAAGCACCAGGCGGCUUCGUCGUCGACGAAUCGAGAAAACGGCGCCGGCUCUUCUUCCGCACAAGACAAUCCUCAGGCCGGCACUUCGUCUGCACACCCUCAGCCUCUCACGCGGACGCAGCCUCGGCCGGGCACGUCGACGCAGCCCGUCCAGGCUGCAGCCGCCGCCGCCGCCGCCGCCGAUGAUGAUGAUGAUGAUGUGCAGCCGGCCGCUCCUCCUCCUCCUCCUCCUCCUCCUCCUGCCCCCCAGCAGCCCAGCGUCCUCGCCUCGUCUCAGAGCGUGCUGCAGCUCAACCACCGAACGCAGGGAAACCUCAUUCAGAUCGAGCCGCAGCCGCUGGCACAGGCCCCGGCUCAGUCUGCGGCGCGAGCCCCUCAGGUUUUACUGGCGCCCUCUACUGUCCUGAUAGCCGCCGCGCCGGUGAGGCUCGGGCCUCCGGAGGCAGGACACCGGAUCAUCCUGGGGAGCCAGGCCCCCGAGGACGCGGCCAAUCACGUCUCCGUCAGGGUGACGGCUCUGAACCCUCGAGCGCCACACAACAACAAUAACAACAACGGAGGAGGAGGAGGAGGAGGAGGAGGAGGUGGUGGUGGGGGAGAGGCUCGACUCAUCGUGGCCCCAAACCCAGAGAGGGUUCAUCCGCCUCACGCCCUGUUCGCCAACCCCCCCGCUCCCGACGACAUUCCCCAAAUAGAGGACGCGAGACCCGGACCGUCUGCACCGCAACAGAGACCAGAGCAGCAGCAGCAGCUUCACGUCAGAGCCCUGAUCUCCGGAGUCCUCGAUCUUCUCCCAGACGUCCAAGAAGCGUAUGUAGCAGAACUGAUCCAAAAGAAUAAUGUGAAAGACUUGAAUGUUAUCUGUGACCUGCUGCUGGAGAAUCCAGAGUAUCCGAGGAGGGAGACGGCGGCGACCACGGCCCCCACCAGCAUCCUCCUGGAGUCUGGAGACCCCCAGGCAGAGGUGACGGAGGACUUGUUCGAUUACUCCAGACUGACCACCGUGGGCUCUGACGUCGUGAUGCAGGCGGCCGACCUGCUCAUGGCCGACUUCAGGAUGCUCAGCUGUCAGGACAUCAAAUGGGCCCUCAACGCCCUGAAGGGACACUAUGCAAUCACACGCAAGGCCUUAUGUGAAGCCCUGAAGAAGUGGCAGGAAUCAGGCGACCCGUCAGGAAAGAGGCGACGGGGCCGGACGUCCUCGGAGCGCUGCUACGUCGAUUUCCAUUUCGAGCACGGUUCGGUGAAGUUCGAGAAGAAGAUGUAUUUCCUGGAGAACGACCGCCGUUGCUCCAAGACGUACAACAGCCUGGAGGCGUCCGUCCAGAAGGAGCUGACGUUCUACCAGCAGAAAGCCAAGGAGUGGGCCGAGCACGAGGACUUCCUCUUGGCUCUGCAGGUCAACGAAGACGAGUACAAGAAGGACGGUCAGCUGAUCGAGUGCGGCUGCUGCUUCGGGGAGUUUGCCUUCGAGAAGAUGACGCAGUGUUCGGACGGUCACCUGUUCUGUAAAGAGUGUCUGGUCAAAUACGCUCAGGAGGCGGUUUUUGGCUCCGGGAAGUCGGAGCUGAGCUGCAUGGAGGGAGGCUGCCCCUGCUCGUAUCCCGUCUGUGAGCUGGAGAAGGUCCUGCCAGAAAACAUCCUGUGUAAAUACUACGAGAGGCAGGCAGAGGAGGCCGUCGCUGCCACAUGUGCUGACGAACUAGUGAGGUGUCCGUUCUGCAACUUCCCGGCCUUGUUGGACAAAAACAUGUCCCUGUUCAGCUGUCCCAACCCUCGCUGCCGCAAGGAGAGCUGUCGAAAGUGUCACGUCCAGUGGAAGCAGCAUGUGGGGAAGACCUGCGAGCAGGUCCUGGAGCGGGACGAGAUCCGUAUGAGGGUGCUCUUCGAGGAGCGGAUGACGGCGGCCCGGGUCAGGAAGUGCGUGAAGUGCGGGACGGGCCUGGUGAAGUCGGAGGGCUGUAACCGGAUGUCGUGUCGCUGCGGCAGCUUCAUGUGUUACCUCUGCAGGGAGCCCAUCACCGGCUACAACCACUUCUGUCAGCACGCCCGCUCGCCCGGGGCGCCCUGCCGACACUGCCGCAAGUGUUCGCUGUGGACCGACCCCACGCAAGACGACGAGAGAAUCAUCCAGGAGAUCCAGAAGGAGGGAGAAGCAGAGCUGAGCAAGAAGUGUUCAGAUCAUUCAGGGAAGAGGGUCGGCCCGCCCCCGGAGCCCAUCACCGAAUCCAAGCGGCCUCGCGUGGGUCCCCCCCACGAAAACCCACACAAUCAUCCACCCCCGCCCCAUCCACCUCACCAGCCUCACCCGCCUCACCCGCCUCACCCUGCCCACGCUCCCCACGCUCCCCACGCUCCCCACCCUCCUCACCCCCAGGCGGUACAAGCUCCCCUCUUCGUCCCCCCGCACGCCCGCUUCCCCCCUCGCCUCCCCGACCCCCCUCCCCUCCUGCAGCCCCAGGGCAGGAUCUACCACCAGAUAGUGAUACCCCGGCUGCACCCGGCCCCCUACGUGCCCCCGCUGGCCCAGCAGCAGCAGCAGCAGCAACAGCCCCCCCCUCUGAACAAUAACAACAACAAUAACCACCACCCUCCUCCCGUCAACCCCCACCACCACAACAUGGACGUCAUGGACAUGCCCAUGCACUACGGACCCCCCCACCGCUACUACAGACGCUUCUGAUCCCUCCUCCCUCCUCCGGUUAAACUUUGAGGUUCGGUUUCUACAGAUAUUUUUACAUGACGAUAAUAAACAGACAGAAUAUUAUCCUUAGCAUUCCUUCUGUAUCUUUUUGUGUAACAUGUGUGAGAGCGGCCGCACAGUUUUCUAAUAAAGUUUUCUGUUCGCA